UACACUUGAGGAUUAAUCACUGAUUUAGUAGUUAAAGCCUGAUGAUAAGUUAUUGUUCGGUGUGAAAUUUGAAUUGAAUUACUAGUGUUAGAAACCUGUUCAACUAUUAGAAAAUUCGUUGUAUACAACAAUAAUAUCGGCUGUGUAUAUUUAUUAUUCUUGUGAGGCUUCUAAGACAACAUUCAACUAUGUUGUAUUUAAUGUGUGUCACUGUCGUGGUCAUCAUUCAGAGAGUCGCAGGUAUCUGUGUGUCAGGCAAAAGUAAGACCAACCCUGAAAUAUUCACAGUCGAGUUCCAGAAAAUUUGUUUUGACUUCCACGCUAGAGAGGCAGGCUGGGACGAAGCAGCGAGUGUAUGCGCGGAUGACAAGAAAGUCCUAGUCAAAAUAACCAACGCAAGAAGAUGGGCUUUUGUGUAUGAGGUUAUCAACUUGUUGGCUUGGAAUACAUCUUGGAUUGGCGCCAAUGAUUUGAAAACCAGUUCCGUCUGGCUGUGGCACGGGAAAACCAAGGCUGACAUCUUUUUCCGCAAGGAUGAGGCACCGGACCCCACAGCACACUGCGCUAUGUUGUACUCUACCGGCCAGGCUAAGGCACGCGACUGCGCAGACAAGGCCAAUUUCAUCUGCAUGACUGUUAAGGGAAAACAAGUGUAGAUUUGACUCUACAGC